AUGGCAAUACUUGCGGAUGGCUUUACAGCUGGCGCCAACGUGCCCCCCGUCGUCUCCGCCACCGGACCGGACUACACAACCUUCCAGCAACAGCUGUACGCGGAUAUCGUGAGGCAAAAUGAAGCGGUGGGCAGGCGGCAUGCAGAGGUUAAACUCAAAAUAGUACUUCUGGAGUGUCCGAGUUCAAACUUGCCUGUCGACUUCUCGGGUAUUUUAGAAAUGUUGAAAUGGGAGGUGGCCCCUCAUCUUAUGGACGGUGUAGGACGUGAUAAUAUCAACUUGCGAACUGACCAGGAACUAAGUUGA